AUGGACAAAGGCGGGGAUAUGGGUGGCCCGGCGGCCAACAAUUCCAGCGACUUUGUUCGUAAGCUAUAUAAAAUGCUGGAAGAUCCAUCCUAUGAACACAUUGUCCGAUGGGGCGAAAACGGUGAUAGUUUCGUCGUCCUUGAAAACGAGAAAUUUACCAAAAUGAUCCUGCCCAAACAUUUCAAACAUAGCAACUUUGCUUCCUUCGUUCGACAACUGAACAAGUAUGACUUCCACAAGGUCCGACAGAAUAACGAAGACAACACUCCAUCCCCUUACGGCGCCAAUGCCUGGGAAUUCAAGCACCCAGAAUUUCAAGCCAACAAGAAAGAUUCCUUAGAUAACAUUAGACGGAAAGCGCCAGCACCUCGAAAACCAACACAGACUUUGGAAGAAACGUACCCUUCUCAACAAAUGGACAUGGUCAAUAGCCAGCUAAUGGCCACCCAAGCACAGCUUCAGCAUCUCUCGGAAAGGUACCAUGACCUUGCUCAAGGACAUGUCGUCUUACUACAGCAGGUUGUCCAACUACAGAAAUUUGUCAAGAAUCAUGAUGGAGUGAUGCACAGAGUGAUGGGAUUCCUCCACAGCGUCGAUGCUCAGAGGCGAAACAGCAGGAUUGGUGGCCCUUUCGGUGCAAACGGUAUGGGAAGUGGUGAUCCAUCCAUGAACGACGGCAUCAUCGACGACCACCCCGCCUCGCCUUUACAACAGGCAUCUGAAUUGCUUGAUGAAUUUUCCGCUGAGAACUUGCCCAAUAAGGAAUUAGAACAGAUGACACACGACUACAACCUGCGCAACGACUAUUCAGCCACUCCAGACAACACCAACACAUCUUUACCACCACAUUCGGAAAGUUCUAGCGCUCAUCUUGGUUAUACCAUUGGCAAUGACCUUGAUAGCUUGGUAUACCCUGUAGGUCACACAAACGGUAUCGAUCCUGUCAACAGCGAACAUAUCAACAACAUUCCUUACUCUCUGCCUGCGAACGGUAUGAUGCCAGUAGACACAAUGCCCGAAAUGCUGCCUGAAAGCAGCUCCUUGAUUAGCCGGAAAAAGAGCUCGAUAGAGUCUGUAUGGGGAAUGACCAAGCCUCGUAUAUUGCUUGUCGAAGAUGACAAAGUAUGCGCGCGCAUAGGAUCAAAGUUCCUGCAGGCUUUCGAGUGUGGAGUAGAGACUGCACGAGAUGGUUUGGAAGCCGUGACCAAGAUCAAUGGCCAGAGCCAAUUCGAUCUGAUCUUUAUGGAUAUUAUUAUGCCCCAUCUGGAUGGAGUUUCUGCCACUGUUUGCAUUCGAGAAGCACGGCCUCAGAUUCCCAUUAUAGCUAUGACAUCAAAUAUAAGGGCCGAUGAUAUCGAUAUGUACUUCCGCUAUGGCAUGAACGACGUCCUGCCGAAGCCCUUUACGAGAGAAGGAAUGCUGAAAGCGCUGGAAAAGCAUCUGCCACAAUUUAAGAAGAAUGCGCAAUACACUCCACAGCCAGCACAAAUGUCACACCCUGGGGGCUUUGUCACGCCAACAACCACUCAUCCACCAUUGGGCUUGAAUAUGGGACAAUUGUCUGCAGCACAAUCUCUGAAAGAGGAGACAUCGCCCGGGAAAUCGCCGGCGACAGCCUCUUCGUGGCACUCGCCAAAUCAAAUAUCAGGGCCAUCGCCCGUAGGUCCGUCUCCGGGAGGAUAUAUGCAGCAGAGCAUGGCAGACAAUCGACAAUAUAACAUGACCCCCACGCACCCUCAUCCACAGUCUGGGUUUCCUCCAGCUCAAAACCAGCCCAUGGGAGCGCCUCGACCCACACAACCUCAUCGAAGAGUGAUGUCUGACAUGGCUGGAGGACCGCCUGAUGACCACCCAGAGAAACGGCAGAGAAUGUAUCCCCCACCAGGCGGGUUCUCCCAAUAA